AUGGUCACCCUGGCUGGACCCAAAACUGAGAAGGGCGAGGGGCGAGGAGGCCCUUGGCUGCCCAGCCAGGAAGCCUUGGGACACUCCCUGCACAGGAGCCAGGAUGCAGGUCGGGGGCUGGACCCUCAUGGGAAGGAGGCUUCCUGCCACCGCAAGCACUUCCCCGAGCGGGUGGGAUGUGCCGGGAAGGCGGUGGUGCCGGGCACAGGAAGCCCAGGAAAGGCGCCCAGAGAAGGCAGGCAGCGGGUGACUUCUCCUAACUCCAUGGAGACCUCGGCCCUGGGCUCCAUCAUACCGGGGACGCAGGCCCGCUCACUAGCGUCCGCGGCGGUCAGUCUUUUCCACCACGCAGGGGAGGACGCCUGGAGCCGGACCAGACAUUUCCGCGCCACCGCCUUCCCGGACCAGCUGACCGUGUCCCCGGCCACCCUGGAGCCGGGGCGGGACAGGGAGGUGGCCUGCACGGCCCACAACGUCACGGCCCAGGACCCAGACGCCCUCUCCUUCUCCCUGCUCCUGGGGGACCAGGAGCUGGAGGGAGUCCAGGCCCUGGGCCGGGAGGAGGCUGAGGAGGAGGCGGCUCUGGAGGCCGAAGACCCGCUAUUCUGGGUGACCCAGCGCUGGCUGCUGCCCACCCUGAGCACUCCCGUCCCGGCCACCCUGCACUGCCAGGCCACCAUGCGGCUGCCCGGCCUGGAGCUGAGCCACCGCAGGCCCCUUCCAGUCCUGCACAGCCAGACCUCUCCGGAGCCACCCAGCCUGACCUCACUGAAGCCCUCAGACCUCUUGAAGCCCUCAGACCUCACCUCACUGGGGUCCCGCCACUCCAUCUCCACACCGCGCCCCAACUCUAUCUCCGCAGAGCCCCCAGACACCCCCUCCCCACAGGCCACCCCCAAGCAGGCCUUCUCGCCCAGCCCCCACAGCCCCCGCAGCUGCCACCCUGAGAUCCGCCAGGCUCCCACACCAGCGACCGAGAAGGCAGCUGCCUGGGGGCUGCUGUGCCAGGCAUCCUGCGGGUCUGGAGUGGCUGUGCGCUGGACCCUGGCCCCCGGAGGCCUAGCUGCCUACCAGAGGAGGGAGGCUGGGGCCUGGGCAUGGCUGGGUGCACCGAUGCUGACCAACUCCAGCCCCGAGGGCUGGUUCCAGUGCCGCCUGGAGCCGGGCGGUCAGGUGGCCAGCCUAUUUGUGCAGGGCCAGAAUGCAGACUGGAGUACCUCAUCCAGCCCUGAGGUGGUCCAGCCGCCUGAGGCCCUGUGGAUGGGCGGUGUGGUGCUGGGGCUGCUGCUGCUGCUAGCCCUGGUCGCCUAUGGUCUGAGGAAACACUGCCGGCCAGCAGCCAGGGACCUCACUCACCCGCCUGUCUCUCUGGGGCUGCUCCGUGUACAGGACCCAGUGGGGUGACCGGUGUCUCCACACACCAAGUUGCAGGGCUCUGGGCAGCGGCAGGGCUGACUGUGUACCCUAUUCCCCGGGGGCCAACGCAACUGUGACCACUAUCCCCAGCUGGCCGGGCUUCCCCCACCCUGAGGGUCCACGGCUGGAGAAUAAAGGCCACGUGAUCUGACCACUGGUGACGCCGAUCGUGUUGAGAGAAAGGCCGAGACCUCCUCACAUCUCCGAUGCUACGCCACGCUGGGUGACUGCCCAGCGACAGGUGUUCACCUUUGCUAUGGGGCGAAGCUGGGAAAACCAGGGCCUGCUGGGCUGGGAGACGACGGGCUUGUGGACGCUUCUGUGUGAGGGGCCACUACAGUUUAAUGAGAAACUAGGAGUCUCCAAAGGACUAGAGAAUUGUUCGGUGCGGAGGUUUUGUGGACAGACACUGAGGGCGGUUUAUGGGGUGGGAAAUGCCUUGUUUUCAGGGGGAGUAGGAGCUGGGAGAGUUGGGAGAGCUUUUAGAAAUGAGAUGGGCAGUCGAAGGGCUGGCCAUCCCAGAAGGGAAAGGAGGACCUUGGACCCGACGGAACUGGGGCGCC